GGCGGCCCGCGGGCUCAGCGGCAUGGCUGUCAGCAGGAAGGACUGGUCCGCGCUGUCCAGCCUGGCCAGGCAGUGGACUCUAGAAGAUGAGGAAGAGCAGGAGCGAGAGCGCCGGCGGCGACACCGCAAUCUGAGCUCGGCCACGGACGAGGAAGCUCCCAAGCUCGCCCAGAAUGGACACACACCGGCUGCCCAGAGAUUGCCCAGCGUGGAGGAAGCCGAGGUGCCCAAGCCGCAGACCUCAGCCUCUAAAGAUGAGGACAGCCAGGCCACCCUCAGGACACGGCAGGAGCGGAGGCAGAGGCGGCAGGCAGUGGAGGCUGCACAGGCCCCUGUCCAGCGGGAGGCAGAGGAGGGAAGGGACAGCUCCGGCCCAGAGCAGGCCAAGCCGCAGCCCCUCAUGCCCAAGAAGGAGGCGGAGCUGCCUCCUCGCCGGAGACUGAGCCGGGAGCAGCGGGGCCCUUGGGCCAGGGAGGAGGAGAGCUUGGCGGGCCAAGAGGCAGAAGGCGGGAAGAAGGGGGUCUCAGAGAAGCCCCCUAUCUCAGAGAAGUCCUCCGUCCCAGAGAAGACAUUAGCCCCUGGCAAGAGACUGGUCUCAGAGGAGUUCUCCAUCUCGGAGAAGGCCCCGGGACCUGAGAAAACUUCUGUGUCAGAGAAAAGAGCCAUCUCAGAGAAGAAGGCCAUUCUAGAAAAAACAAGUGGCUCUGAGAAGUUGCCGGCCCCAGGGAAGACAUCAGACUCAGAAAGGAGACUGGUUUCUGAGAAAGCAUUGCUCUUUGAGAAGUCUCUGGUGUCCGAGAAGACCUCAGCGGCAGAGACAAAGCUGGCUCCAAAGAGGCUGGCAGCCUUGGGACAGCCCCAGGCAGGGGGGCGGCUGGCUUCUGGGGGAGGCCAGCCCACCACCACAGAGCAGAGGGGAAGUGCCCUCUCUGAGAAGAGCCCCCCGUCCUUGGCGGAGCUGGGAGAACAGGGUGUGCCAGACUCUCCGACUGUGACUUCCCGCCUCCCGCCCAUCACACUCCAGGUGAAAGUCCCCAGCAAGGAGGAAGAGGUGGACACACCCUCACCCACUCAGGCCACCUACAGCAGCUCCCUCAAACGCUCCAGCCCCAGGACCAUCUCCUUUCGGAUGAACUCCAGGAAAGACAACUCAGAAACAACCUUAACACGCAGCGCCAGCAUGAGGCUCCCGCCCAGCACAGUCAAGUUAGGCGAGAAGUUGGAGAGAUACCACACCGCUGUUCAGAGGUCGGAAUCGGUCAAGUCUCCAGGCUCCUCCCGCACCGAGUUCUUUGUGGCUCCCGUGGGCGUAGCCAGCAAGCGCCAGCUCUUCGAGAAGGAGCUGGUGGGCCAGAGCCGAGCAGACCCAGCCUCCAGCCGGAAGGAGAACAUGAGGCUCUCAGGGGCUGUGACAUCAAGGCUCAACCUGUGGAUCAGCAGGACCCAGGAAUCUGGAGAUCAGAACCCCCAGGAGGUGCGGAAACAGCCGGCAGCCACCAGGAGGACCCAGUUGGGAAAGAAAGCAGAUUCCUUCCUGGAGGCAGAGGUGUGACGAGCCCUCUGCCGGGACAGACCUGCAAGGUCUGCAUCUCAGGGGCCCUCCCUCAGGCCGGGCCCUGUCUCCAGCAGCAUUCCUGUCUCUCAUUGCCCCUGCCCCCUUUCUGGCUCUGGACCUGGGGCCGGGAGUGUCGGGGAGACUCAACCAGCUCCUGCCCAGCCCAGCAUCCGGGGGCAGGUGUCCCCCGGCACCUUGUCACCCCACUGCGGGCGCAGCAGAUCCCGGGACCCAGUGUCAGCACAGCGUUGGUUCUCGUCAGCACCGUGUGACCUCCACACCCCGUCCGGAGAUAGUUCCCGCUCACGUCCAGGGUCAGGGCGGUACUGUCUCUGAAGAACCUCAGGGUCACCUCUGUGAUCCGCUCCCAGCAGGUGCCUCCACGUGCCUGUGGUGUCCCUCGCUGAGGCCUGGAUUUACGCACCUUAGCCCCCGGGCCUGCUUCCAGCUUGCUGAGGCCCAUCGGCUGGGUUGUAAAGGAGUUGCACUGUCUUCCAUGUGCCCCCCUCCCCGCUUUGUUUUCCUCUCACUUCCUUGGCCUGCGGCUCUGGCCGGGAGCUCAGUGCCUUUUUGUGCGCCCCUUCACCCUCUUUCUGGAAAAGCUGUUCUCAGGAAAGGUCUGAUACACUCGCUCACUCUCAGGUGUAAGUGACUAAUAAUACCUUAAAAAUGGA